UACGUUUGCGCCGCCUGUCUUGAAAGGGAGGUGAAGAAGAGUUUACUUUCCAGAGUUCAAGGUUUGGUUUCGUUGUUCGUCUGGAGUUAAGGGUUUUGCCGAGGCAGAAAGCCCCUUUUCACAGAGCCAAGAUGAUGAACAUGUGGAAGGUUAGGGAGUUGGUUGACAAAGCAACCAACGUGGUGAUGAACUAUUCAGAGGUGGAGUCUAAAGUCAGAGAGGCCACCAAUGAUGAUCCCUGGGGACCAUCAGGACAGCUGAUGAGUGAAAUCUCUAGAGCCACCUUCAUGUAUGAGCAGUUCCCAGAGGUGAUGAACAUGCUGUGGGCCCGCAUGCUGAGGGAUAACAAGAAGAACUGGAGGAGAGUCUACAAGUCCCUGCUACUGCUUGCCCAUCUAAUCAGGAAUGGAUCAGAGAGGGUUGUUACCAGCACCAGAGAACAUUUGUAUGACCUGAGAUCAUUAGAAAGCUACCACUUUGUAGAUGAGAAUGGGAAGGACCAAGGUGUAAAUGUGCGUCAGAAGGUGAAGGAGUUGGUGGAGUUUGUCCAGGAUGAUGACAGGCUUAGGGAAGAACGGAAAAAGGCAAAGAAGAACAAAGACAAAUAUAUUGGGGUAUCCUCUGACAGUAUGGGAUACCGAAAUUACUCGGGGGACAGGUAUGACUCCAGCGAUAGUCGGGGAAAGUGGGACGACGACUGGGAGAAGAAUAAAGGACAGUUCCCCUUCAGCGAGAAGUUGGGGGAGAUCAGCGACAAAAUCGGCAGCACUAUUGACGACACCAUAAGCAGAUUUAGGAAGAAGGAUAGAGACGACUCGCCAGAUCGAUUUAGUGACAACGAGGAGGACCGGGGUCGCUCGUCUUACAAUGGCCAGUCAGGAAAAGACUUCAAAGAUGAAGAGGAGACUGUCACCACCAAGAGUGUACACAUAGUCCAAGCAACAGAGACUACAGCAACACGGAAGAGAGGAGGGGUCCCGUCCAGGAAAGUAGACUUGGGGGCCGCAGCCAACUUUACAGGAGACAAAAGCCCAAGCACCUCCAACAAACAGCCUCAGCCAGCAGCCCCUCAGCCCUCUAGUACUGGCCUAGCUGACCUACUAAUGGUGGACACAACACCGAGCCAGCCUGCCGCCACAGACCUGAUUGGUGGAUUUGCUGACUUUUCCUCGCCUGCUGCCUCCGUCGGCCUCUCCAAAGGACCUGCAGUGCCAGCCUCCAGCAGCAAUGGAGACUUUGGAGAGUGGAAUGCCUUCCCUGGAGGUCAGAUGCCAGCAUCUGCUCAGACUGUUGACAACAGCGGAAGUGACCUUUUUGGAGCCAUGGCAGCAGGUCCUGCCGCUGCCCCGGCCCCCGCCCCAAUCUCGGCUUCAGGCUCUGGUCCUGCCUCAGCAGACCUGUUUGACUUGAUGGGGCCAACUCAGUCCCUCACCUCGUCCCAGAGCCUCAACUUCAGCAUGAGCAGCACACAGAGCAUGAGCACCACAAUCCUGCCCCAGUCUAGGUCACAGAACAUGGGGGGUCUUCAGUCUGUCAUGCCACUCCAGCCUGUGCAGCAGGGAGUGGCCUCUCAAGAUGCCGGAGCCAAAGCGUCCCUCCCUUCCACCUGGUCAGACCACUCGGUUAACAUCAGCCUGGACUUCCUGGGCCCAGGCAUCCAGCCACCCAAGCCUAGCCAGCCCAGCCUCAACACGCUCCAACACGGCAACCAGGUACCUGCCAACAUGCUCUCCCAGGGAUUUUCCAGUAUGAGCCUUGGACCUACACCAGCCAGGCCGCCUGUAAAUCCUAUGAUGCAUCCUGGUGCUGGCAUGGGAAUGGGGAUGGGCAUGGGGAUGGCCCCCAACCAGGGCAUGAUGGGGAUGGGCAUGACCAUGGGGAUGCCACAGGGAGGUAUGACCAUGGGGAUGCCACAGGGAGGUAUGACCAUGGGGAUGCCACAGGGAGGUAUGACCAUGGGGAUGCCCGGUGGAAUGGGGAUGGGGAUGAACCCUGCAAUGGUCCAACAGCCCAAACACGAUGCCUUUGCUGACUUCGGCAACUUUGGAAAGUGAUGGAGCUGGAGAGCAAAGAUUAUCUGGUGGUGUCAGUCUUUCUCUCUCUGUCUCUCUCGCUCCCUCCCUCCGUCCAUUGGUGAAGGAUUGUUAUGAGCUGCAAACAAAGAGUACUUGAAUAAUGUCAUCUAUCACAAUAUCAACACCCUGCAAUCUCCUAAUCUUUUUUUUUUUUUUUUUUUUAAGUAAUGCUGUGUCGUGAUAUGGAUCUAAAUGAAUGUGUGUUUGUGUUGUUUGAACCAAUGAUCUGUGUGGCCUGGGGCGAUGGCCGUGUCGGUUACUUGUGAAACCAUGAGAAGAGGGGAAGCCACCAAGAGAAUGUCCAGGGGAGGGGGGUUGCUUUAUAACCUCAGUCAAGUGAAAUCACCAGAUUAGCAAAAAAGAUAUAUCUGUAGCUACAUAAUUUUUUUGAGAUGCAUUCUCAGUAAUUUUGCUGAAUGUUGCAUUUAAAUAACAUGAUCAGCCAUUUUAACUUUCUAAUGUACAUUUAAGAAUGACAAGUUACCUCUUUUUCUUUUUUUUCCCCUCCUUUGCUCUUCCUUUGGCCUGUAAAUAGCAAUCCGGAGCCCUUUAAAGGAAAAUAAGUUAUGAAGUUGCCCUAUAUGAGAGGAAGUGACAGUGUGAAGAGUUGUAUCUUACAGAACCAAAUCUGAUAUGAAUUAAGACCUAUAACGAAGCACAUUGACACCUUCUCUUUGUACACAAGUGUCCACACACUCCAAAUGUGGCCUGUUAAAGCUACAAAGGAAUAAAUGAGUGUUUGGUGUGAAGGUUAUUGAUUAAUUUGAGGAGUUUCUCCUUCACCAGACCCUCAUUUGUGGUCUUUCCUAUUGCUAUAUAUAUAUAUUUUACUUAUGAAGAUUAUAAUCAGUUUGCAUCCAAAUGAGAUAAUCAGUAGGUAGAAGAAGCCUCAUACAGGGGUUGUGGGUUCUUUUAUUACAGCAGAGUGCCUGACAGACCUUUGCCUUUUCUCUUCAGUUAACCUCUUGAAGGAGACAAUGUGACUGUGCUUAAGGUGAAGGACAUACCUGUUUUGUGUUUUUUUACUUAUGCCUCAAGUGUACUGACUGUGCAGGUAUCAGAUGCAAUCACUCUGUUCUGUUUGUCCCAUUUUAUCAUUUUCACUCUGUUCAGGGCAGUGAUAACUCCAGAGCUCAGAAAAAACACCUUGGAUGAAAAUAUAUCGAGCUCAACUUAAUUCAGCACCUCAAGUGUUGGUACAGACUGUUAAUAGGUUGCGUUAUGCGUCUGUCUGUGAAAUUUUCAGCGGUGCGUCACAGUAAAUACUGCCUUCUCGCCUUGUAUUUUUUUAUUAAUGUUACACAUUAAAAACAGCAAAUCUUGAAAACGAUGUUGCUCUCAUAAUCGUCAUCAGUCCAUGUCUGUGUCUUUUGCAACUUACCAGGACUGUGUGAGAGGACGCAGUUUGUGGACGCCCAGUAUGUUAAGGUGGUUGGAUGAACAUGUUGUGGGAUAUGCGCCUAACGAACAAGCCCAUUCAGAAGUACACCGGCUGAUUGACCUGUUAGACGUACAAAACAUUGCUCUUCAGUGUUUCAAGUGCCUGCCGAUGGUUGCCUCCUGACCCUUGUAAUGAGUGACUGAUAAGUCAAUCUUGGCCGCCUGCCUUUUUUCUUUGGUUUGUCAACGAUUGGAUAAAUAAUUCACCGACUAGAGGAGAGGGCGGCGGAUUCUGUGGUCACAAGAGGAUUGCACUUGUGCUUUCCUGGUCUCCCAAGGGCUCAAGAGGCUGAGCACACUAACACAUAGUAGCCUUGCAUCGGAGUCUGAAGCAUUAAAAUGACCAAAAUCUGUUUGCUGUUUUAAAAAAAAAUAAAUAAAUAUCAGUAGAGGUUGUUUUAUUCAUUUUUUUCUACUUUAAAUUGUUUUGAUCUUCUCUGAAACGGGAUCAUUACUGAAACACUAGCUUAUGCAAAUGUUAAAAAAAGAAAAUCCUUUGAGAAAAUGAAAUUUUGCAUUCUUCCCAUUUUGAUUUGAUUUACACAUCAAGAAUCUAUCUACAACAUUAAACAGUUGAUUGAAAUUUG